UCUAUGGUGUGUGUCCAUUGUUUUUCUACAAUGUUAUUUUUCUGACUGCUGUUGGUGGACGAAAAAUUUUUAUCUCGCUGCGUCGAGUGUGGCUUUGUGCUAGUGUUCGUGUUCGAUACAGUGAUUUAUUAGUAAUAGAUCACGAAGAUGUCGUCACCGAGCGCUGGGAAACGUCGUAUGGACACAGACGUCAUAAAGCUCAUCGAGAGUAAGCAUGAGGUGACGAUACUCGGGGGACUGAACGAGUUCUGCGUGAAAUUCUUUGGACCUCCAGGCACCCCAUACGAAGGCGGCGUGUGGCGGGUGCGCGUGCACCUACCAGACCACUACCCCUUCAAGUCCCCCUCCAUCGGGUUCAUGAACAAGGUGUACCACCCCAACAUCGACGAGGUUUCCGGCACCGUCUGCCUCGACGUCAUCAACCAGGCUUGGACAGCUCUUUAUGAUUUAUCGAACAUAUUCGAGUCGUUCCUACCCCAGUUGCUCACGUACCCGAACCCCAUCGACCCGCUGAACGGCGACGCGGCGGCGAUGUACCUCCACAAACCUGAGGAGUACAAGAAGAAAGUCUCAGACUACGUCCGGAGAUUCGCGACGGAGGAGGCUCUAUUAGAAAAGGACGCCAUCACCGGUAUGGGAACCACCCCGGCGUCCGGCUCAAAGCCCUCCAACGGCGCGAAUAGCGAGUCCGAGUCCUCCAUGUCAGAGUUCAGCGACGACGAGGCUCAGGACAUGGAGUUAUAACGUUCCCCCCCGCCCGAUGAUUGCUCACUCACUUCCGCUCCGGUUGUUUUCUGAACCUACUGUGAGGUAAUGUUGCGUUUUUAGUAGGUGUUUUGGUGUGAUUUUGGGCGCCUUGUGGGUUAAAUGUGACGUUUGGGAUGCGUCGCGACCGUCGCGUUUCCAAAUCGCGGAAUGUUUUGCAGAAAACACUUAACACUUUACAUUACAUUGCAAUUUUCGCGUUGUGGCUAGUUUAGGGAGCGCCUGCCGUGCUUUGAAAAAGCGAAGAUUUUUGUCAACAGUUGGUGUUUCAUAUGUCGCGCUGUCGGGUUUGUAAAGUUUCAGAGACGUUGUCGUCAGAAGCUUCUGCAAUGUUAUAUUAGAUUACUUUGCAACUGUCGCGCUGUCCGGGGUAGUGAAGUUUCGAAUGCGUCUCAAUUGUCGCGUUUUCAAAUCGUAAAUUUGUAAUUGAUAUGUUUACAAACUUUUCAGACGCCCGGAUCUCUUUGGCAAAGUAUUUUGUGGGUUUUUGUCCGAGAGCUAGUGGUCUUAUCAAAGUUGUAGCAACAAUCGGGAAGCUUAUCGAUUAAAAUCCUGAUUUAUUAAAAUUAUAUUAUUUUACACCAGUUUCCUAUAACGAUAUCAGCGACAGUCGCGUCGUUAAUAUUACAAGAAAACUACGAAAGAGAUUAAGUGGCAAAUGUCACGCUUACUUGCUUCGAAUCGCGACUGUCGCGACUCUGAACGUAAACUAAGCCUUACAUAACACUACAAGGCGCUCAAACAAAAACGUUAUUCUACUACCUCAAAUAACAAGUGAAAACGUCAAUACAAAUUUUUCCGCGAAUACGUCUCUGGCGUACGUACGAUUCCUCAAAAAUCUCAUUCUAAACAUAUCCUUAGAAAAAUGUGUUUUUUCUAUUAGUUUUUAUCGAACUACCUUGUGUAAUAGUGAAAAUUUUAAAGCUUUUAUUUUGUAUUUCGAAGUAAUAUAUUUUCGAACGAGGUAGUAUUAUAAUCUGUCAUAAACGAGGGGGACAUACAUUGUUUACGUCACAUUAAGGAGGUGUUUAUGGGAAACGUAGGUCGUCACCUACAUUAUCAAAUCAAUUAAAAUAAUGGUGCCAAGUCUGAUGUCACUGAACUAAACUCAAUUGACAUGGCUACAAACUGACUAGACUCAGAGUAGGUUUUUUUUCAGAUAUAGCUAUGACGCGUGCAUUUUAAACAUGACUUCUGUAACAUAUUUCAGCGUCGUUUGGUUUUUGGAAAAAUUGUUCCUACUUUUUUCAUAAUUAUUUAUCUGUAAUGCGUGUUCAUAAGAUAAUAUAAUAAAUAAAUAAAUAUAUAAUAUAUAGACACUUAAUAAAAGAUAUUCCUUCACUUUAUUGCUUUUCAGACCUUGACUUUCUCACUAACAAACUAGCGAAAAUAGAUUCCGAAAUCCGUGGUGAAAUAUUAUUUUUCACGGACACUUGUACACAGUUGUUUGAUUACAGUAUAUCUGGUAUAUUACUGAUCGUGGGUCGUUGUGGUGUACGACAUUGAUUUUUGUGACGUAACAUAUGUAUGGUCCCCAAAAAAAUGGUUUCUACGCUUCACAGUAUGUUCACAACAUAUAGUCUGUGUCCGCCGUCUAAUAAAACUUGUUACAUAAUCUGUGUGGACCACAAUACGCCAAUUUUAGGAUUUUAGAUCGAAAUAAAAACAGAACUGCUCAGAAAAAUACGUUCGGUGGGCACGUGCUUUAAAUUACUAUCGAAAAAAAAAUUAACUUUAAUUAGAAUUGGUAUUUUAAAAUUGGUGUGUCGGAAAUGUUUAAUCGGAUAGAUUUGUCUAUGGGCUUGUGUAUCUAAUCGUCUUGGUCGACUUAAACCUACCCGAGUUUUAGAAAUGUUUCAAUCAAUCACCUCUUUAUUUUAUCUACUACUAUUCGUAUUUGCUAUUGUCUGUUUUAAAGUGGUUUGAAUUUCUACAAUUAUACCAUUUUACCAAAAUGGUAUAAUGGUAUAAGUAAUACUACCAGUAUUUCAAUUAGUGACAUUUUUAAGUCAAUAAUAAGCCGAGCGUAAUAAAUGCUCGAGCAAACGUCGUAAUACUUUAAUUUGUAUUUAUUGAUACAUUUUAGUAGUGCUUCAAGCAGUCAUCUUCAGAAAUUUCAAUGAUGUAUGACAUUAUUGCUAUUUUUAUUCGUAUUUAUUAGUACUUGUUUAUCUAGCGGUUUGCAAAUUUUACAAUUUUGGUAGCAGUUUAAUUAAUAUGAUAAAAUCUUUAUUGGCACAAUUAAAUAGUAGCCGCCAACAGUCGCUAAAACAGCGACAAACAAAAAUAUUCAAACUUAUUUCUUUCUUCUUUUUUCUUAUUUCUUAAUUAAAAUUUUGGCAAUGGAACGACUUUGAUUGUACAGUACAAAUACUGUCGGGUAAGGUUGUAAGAGUCCAUGUUUUACGCUUAUUGUUAGCACUUUAGUAACAACAUGUAAGGAUCUGUUCACUUGAUAAUGUAAUAUCGAGUAGGUUGAUGUCUAAAAAAAGGGAAAUGUUGGAAAAAUUAAUAUAGGGUACAAUGUAACGUACGAACUUUUACUAUCGACGUGGUUAUGAGAAGGUAAAUAAAUAUAAUUUUCUUACUAUCGUGUAUUGUAUUAAAACAACCAUUCAAUGCGUUACCUUCUCAAAUAUUAAGGUAGUUCUUAAUUAUAAUCGAUAAUAAAAUAAAAUUUUAAUACAAUAACAAUUGUGCUGGCAACACAGCGGGUGUGAGUGAGCAAGGUAGCAUUUUGUAAAUAUCUUAUUAAAUCUGUCCCCAUAGCAUAAAUCCAACUUAAAUCGAGCCCGUUGUCGGACUAAAGUCAUCACUUUAUAUCUCAUAGGUAUUUAAUUUUUUUUUAUUAUAGUGUUAAUUUUUAAAUAAAUGUGUCAUGUCUGUUUUCGUAUACCUCCCUCUGAAACUGCAAUUGUGUAGUUAUCAAUUUGUUAAUGGCAACACUAGAAAUCUAAAUUUAAAAAAUGUUACGGCUUCAAUUUAAAUAAUUACUUUAUCCUCAAACUGUGAUCAGUAGAUUCCCUUAACAGGGAGUAAAACCGUCAAUUUUCUAUUAAAAGAGGUUGAGAAAUCUGUUUGUUAACUGUACUUAGUGUAAAUGCUGUUGCGUAGAGGUAUUUCUGUUUUAGCACAAUGAUUUUAUCGAUUUUGACAAUGUCUUUUUAUACUUUUGACUAAAACUGAACCGGGGCCACGCUGAUAGACGCUAAAAAGGUUAAAUUUAUUUAGUUCGCACUUAAAACAAAUUAUCUCUUUUUCUCCCCAUGAUUUUCUAACAGCGCAAAGGAAAUAUACAGCUAUAGAUAUGUAAUACACGACAAUACAAGUUGUAAACAGAGAUAGCUAAAAGCAUAGAUUUUUUUAAGUUGUUAGUUUAAAUAAAAAGAGUAUGAAGAGUUUUUUUUUUAAUUAAUUCUCUUGCGCAUGUUUAGUGUCUGCUUUACCAAAUACUUAGCAUUUCUUUGUUUUUGAUGACUCGGAAGGCAACAACGCUUUGCUAAACCUGCCAAAGUACCAUUUUGGCUUUGUUUGUAAUGUUCUUUUUGAUUUUCUUAGGAAUAAAUCUAGGAUUUAUUUUCAAUAUACCGUAAUAUGUGGCACGUUAACUUAAUAACUCGAUUUCAAAUAAAAGCCUCGGGGUUAUUCUUUCUUUAUGCUAAUAAAUUUUUGAUUGUUUAACCGAUUGUCCGAGCUUAAUAUAACUACCCCACUCUUUAUAGGUUAGCUCGCUACCAUAUUAAACUGCAUCAUCACUUACCACCAGGUGACGUUGUAGUUAAACUUACAGGAAUAAAAAAAACAUACUGUGACGACCUCACGCUGUUUCCAAACGAAAUACCUUUGGAAAUAGCACAAAUUUGUUAUUAAAUGAAUUUACGGAGUUUUUCAAUCAAAUUCAGUUGUAGGGAAUAGCGCAAAAGAGCAAAUAUCGUGACGUGUGCUAUUUAUUACAUAAGUAAAAUAAAAUAUAUAAAAUAUCCAUUUAUUCUAUUCCAUCAUUACAUUCUUCAUAUUUUUUUUAUCAGAAAGAACAUUACAAGAAACGAAUACAAUACAGAUCUCUAAAAAUGACAUUUUGCGAUUCUGAAAGUGUUGCAAUCGUCUCUAUUGUUAAGUCUAGGUUACGAAUAGAAUAUAUUAUUAAUAUAGACAUAUAUUAUAUGUAUCUUCGAAAUGAUAACUCAAGCCAUAAUAAUAUAUUUUGGUAUAAGGAGAUAACAUGUUAAAUUUCCUAGUUGUAUGAAUAAAAGUUGGGUUGACGGAUAGUUUUUUUGUUUUUUGGAUGUUUUUGGUAGUUUUUCGAGCUUUCACCUGUCCACCCAGCUUAGGGUCGCACCACAGAGUAUGUGUCGUGGUAUUGAUGUUUUUAAAUCGUAUGAACUAUCCCGGCGAAGGUUUUCAAAUGUGCUUCCAAUCAUGAUUUUUAUCUGCUGACUAUUAUUUUAAUAUUUCGUAAGCGUCUUUCAAAUGUCACGAAGUUUUUUUUAAUAUAAUUUAACACUCGCUUCGGGUACAUUUGAAAAUGUUGGCUUGGCCUAAAAUAAUAGUGAUGCGACUAUUUUAACUGUGGUUUAACAAUUAAAUAGUUUUAUAAAAUAAUUGAAAUGUUAGAGAUUAGUUGAUUUAUUUUCGCAUAUUAACUAAAUUCAGAUUGUCUUGAGCUUUAAACAAUUUAUAUAUAGCUGAGUUUAUUUUAUUCCAAAGAAACUGACUUUGGUUUAUUAUUUUGAGCUAACAAAUAUUUAAGAUAUGUACUUAUCGUAUGCAGCGUAUCUAAAAAUAAUUAUUUUCAAACAACAGAUAUUAAAUUACGUUAGAAACUAUGGAAAAUUUAUAUAGAAUUUCUCUCGAAUCAUUAUUUUGCAUUUUGUGACUUCAUUUGCCCAUGAAGACUACUCUGAAUCCUGUUGCUGUUCUGAGGUUUCAAAAUAAGAUUGGAACAGAUUAUAACAUGGCACAUUGUAACAGUUUCUAACGUGGUUUCAUAUUAGCUAGUUCUAGCAUAUUUAUUCUAGCAUACGCCUGCAGUAGGACCAAUCUUGCAUACCUUUUAGUUUAAAUACAUUAGGUGUUUUUAUUAUAUCGAUAUUAAAAUUAGUUGUGCGGGUCGCAUCACUAUUAUUUCUGUAUAAGUAUGUAAUGCAAAGAUUUAUAUCGCUAGAUUUGCCCGCACUUUAAAUUCACAUUGUCUGCCUUGAAAUGCGCGAGUUCACACAUUUGUCAUUAGUGAGUCGUGGCUGUACCAUACUGCGUAAGUAACAAGUUUAGAUACCGCGUAAGUGACAUGGCUACGCGUAAUAAUAGUACUUUCCGAAAGCAGUUUUUUCUACAAAGCGUACAUAUGAUUUUGUAAACGUAGUACGUUCACAAAAUCACUUAUUAGAAUAUGUUUCAAACUGUUCUAGGUUUUUUUUUUAAUUAUAUCAUCUGAUGGAUGUCCACUGCUGGGCAUAGGUAAUGUUUUGGGAGGUCCAUAUUCCACGGCCGCUUUUGUUCAGCGGCGCACUGAAAAUUAUUUGAUUACCGUUCAUCUAGUCGGGAGUCUAUCAACGCUACGAUUAAUUCCAGCAACUUAGGACCCCAGCGUAUGAUACGCUGGGGUCACAUACGCUGCGUAUCAGGCUGGAUAAAUAUAUUACCCAUUUAAUAAUGUUAAUUACGCGGUAUAACAGAUUGACUGCGUGAACAGAUUGACUUUAAACUCUUGAGUGUUGAAAAUUCUUUCGAUGUCAGGUCAUAUCUACGAUAUAAAUCUUUGGCGUCGAGUACUAUACGAUGGUGUACCAAAUUAAUGCGUUCGGAUAAGAAUUUCUAUUACAAGCAGAUCGUAAAUCAGUUAUACAUGUAACAUAAUAAAGUUUAUAGCGACUAUAUUUUUAUUUAAUUACAUGUAAUACACUUACGUUAUUUUUAAACUAAA